UUUUAACCCCAGCAAAGUAUGAGACGCAGCGAGAAUUACGAAAUAUUCCAGGAAAUUCUGGUUUGGCUAUUUUCAAAAUUUCUUGUGAGAGAUAAAACUAAUGAUGUGUUUCAUGUAGGGUAAAAUAAAUAUGACAGCUCAUAAGCAUUUAGUGUUUUGCGUGAACGUUUCUGAUGCCACUAUCCCUGUUUGGUUUUCCCCAUUUGAUUUUUUUAUCAAGCGUAUCUUUUUUCAUCCAAUGUUAUAAAGCAGACAUGCACAGCGAUUGAUAAAAGCUCGUUGGACUUGACGUUGCUGGUGAUGGAUCGUUUAAUUUUACUUUUGUUGACUUUUGUGUUUGUUAAUGGAGAAAAAUACAGUCCACAAAUAUACAACUAUUUAUUCAAAAACACGUCUUACAACAAAGUCAUCAUUCCGACCAUUAACGACAAUGAUACCCUGGCAUUGAAGAUAACAUUUCUUCCACGGGGAAUCAGCCAAUUUAAUGAGGUGAACGGACAGUUAUCUAUAGCAAUGGGUCUAGAUGUGCGUUGGAUUGACGGAUUUUUAAAAUGGAACCCUUUAAAGUAUGGCAAUGUGUCGCAUUUGGUCGUACCGGAAGAUCACGUGUGGACGCCGGUUAUCACGCUGGCCAAUCCAAUAGACAGAAUUCCAGUGUUCCCGGAUGAUUCUUUCCCAAUAAGACUUUACGCAAAUGGUCAAGUCAUUUGGAUCAAGGGAGGAACCGUAAGCGUUACAUGUCGACCAAACGUGAGAUUUUACCCCUUUGAUGAACAUACAUGUUACGCUAAAUUUUUAACCAUUGAUCGAAUUGGAAACGAGCUUAGAAUGGAAACAGGAAUUAGGUCUGCAAUUUAUGAGAAACAUGGAGAGUGGGACAUACAUAGCAUGAAGGCAUAUUCCUCCUAUUUUGCCGCCUAUUCGUCUUGUGUUUUUGAGAUUGUUGUCAGAAGGCGGUCAGAGUUUUCGAUUCUAAAUACCUGUGUACCAAUCAUUUGUCUGGGUAUCUUAAAUGCUUGUGUGUUCUUAAUUCCUCCAGAGUCUGGUGAACGCGUUUCCUUCGCCAUGACAGUUUUACUCUCGUUUGCUGUUUUUAUGACAAUUUUCAGUGCAACACUCCCCAAAAAUUCAGAUCCUGUUCCCAUAUUAUGUUACAUACUGAUGAUUAUGAUGAUUGAGAGUGGAAUUAUAUUGAUACUCGUUAUUGUCGGACUUCGGAUUUUCUUUAAGAAGGAAAAUGAACAAAUGCCAAAGUUUGUGAGUCGCAUAACAAGACUUUCGGGUCUUAGAUCUAGAAUAUUUAGAAGAGAUCAAGAACAACUGGCCAAUGGGAGAAUUUCAAAUGACGAAAUCCCAAAUCAGGAACAAUCUCCGAUGACUUGGGAGCGAAUUAGACAAAAUUUUGACACUGCAUGUUUCUGUGUCUCCUUUGGGGUAUACAUCUUAUUGGUUGUUGUGUACGCGAUGAUGGUAAAAAUGUCAUGAAUCGCCAAUCACUAUAUACAAAACAAUUAUUGAACGUAUGUGUACAAUUGAAUCAAAUAUUCUCUGAUGUAUUAUACGAAAGCCUCAGAUUCUUCUGAAAGCAUGACCAAGUAAUAAUUAAUUGUCAAUAUUUA